GCCAAGUGCCCUGCCUACUGGCUGCCUCCCGAAUCCCUGCCAUUGCACACACAAACACAUCCACACACGCUCUGCCUCGCUCACACACGGAGCUACACGCACACGCGAGCGCAUUCCUCCCUUCAUUCUCUGUCUCAGCCCCUGACUUCUACAAGCCCAUGGAACAUUUCUGGAAAGACGCUCUUGAUCCAGCAGGGUGGCCGGUCGGCUGCUGAGCCCUCUGCCGCGCGGGGAGACCGUGUGCGCCUUGCCCACGGCCACUGACCAUGACCAUGACCCUCCACACCAAAGCGUCUGGAAUGGCCCUGCUGCAUCAAAUCCAAGGGAACGAGCUGGAGACCCUGAACCGCCCGCAGCUCAAGAUCCCCCUGGAGCGGCCCCUGGGCGAGGUGUACGUGGACGGCAGCAAGCCCGCCGUGUACAACUAUCCCGAGGGCGCCGCGUACGACUUCAACGCCGCGCCCGCCGCCUCCGCGCCGGUCUACGGCCAGUCGGGCCUCGCCUAUGGCUCCGGGUCCGAGGCGGCGGCGUUCGGCGCCAACGGCCUGGGGGGCUUCCCGCCGCUCAACAGCGUGUCUCCGAGCCCGCUGGUGCUGCUGCACCCGCCGCCGCAGCUCUCGCCCUUCCUGCACCCCCACGGCCAGCAGGUGCCCUAUUACCUGGAGAACGAGCCGAGCGGCUACGCCGUGCGCGAGGCCGGUCCUCCCGCGUUCUACAGGCCAAAUUCAGAUAAUCGGCGCCAGAGUGGCCGAGAGAGAUUGUCCAGUACUGGUGAUAAGGGAAGCAUGGCCAUGGAGUCUGCCAAGGAGACCCGCUACUGUGCAGUAUGCAAUGACUAUGCCUCAGGCUACCAUUAUGGAGUAUGGUCCUGUGAGGGCUGUAAGGCCUUCUUCAAGAGAAGUAUUCAAGGUAAUAGACAUAAUGACUACAUGUGUCCAGCUACCAACCAGUGCACGAUCGAUAAGAACAGGAGGAAGAGUUGUCAGGCCUGCCGGCUCCGGAAGUGCUAUGAAGUAGGCAUGAUGAAAGGCGGAAUACGGAAAGACCGAAGAGGAGGAAGAAUGUUGAAACACAAGCGCCAGAGAGAUGAGGGGGAGGGCAGGAAUGAAGUGGGGUCUUCCGGAGAUGUGAGGGCUUCCAACCUUUGGCCAAGCCCUCUCUUGAUUAAGCAUACUAAGAAGAACAGCCCAGCCUUGUCCCUGACAGCCGAUCAGAUGGUCAGUGCCUUGUUGGAGGCUGAGCCCCCCAUAAUCUAUUCCGACUACGAUCCUUCCAGACCCUUCAGUGAGGCUUCGAUGAUGGGCUUGCUGACCAACCUUGCUGACAGGGAGCUGGUUCACAUGAUCAACUGGGCAAAGAGGGUGCCAGGCUUUGUUGAUUUGAGCCUCCACGAUCAGGUUCACCUUCUGGAAUGUGCCUGGCUAGAGAUCCUGAUGAUUGGACUUGUCUGGCGCUCCAUGGAGCAUCCAGGGAAGCUCCUAUUUGCUCCCAACUUGCUCCUGGACAGGAACCAGGGAAAAUGUGUAGAGGGGAUGGUGGAGAUCUUUGACAUGUUGCUGGCUACGUCAUCUCGAUUUCGCAUGAUGAAUCUCCAGGGAGAGGAGUUCGUGUGUCUCAAAUCCAUCAUUUUGCUUAAUUCUGACCACUUAGGGAGGUGGAGCCUGUCCUGGUCAAAUCCGAUGAAUGAAGAACAAAAAUUGGACGUUGAAUCAAAUGGACUUUUCAUUGAAAUGUUUGCAUCCUUUUACAGAUACUGGGGAUGUUUUUAUUUUAUUAUUUCUAUUCAUAUUUUAGGGUGGAUUUUUUUAUUAAAAUGGAACUGGUGUAUAGAUACAUCUGUUGAUAGCUAUAUGUGUCAGAAAAGAAGUGGACCAAGUGACCAAUAUCAGUAGGAUCCAAGAAGGAAAGAGGCUUAUUUGGGAUUGACCGUGUUUCUGGUCAAAACUGAUUAGGUGACAAAUAUAACUGGCUCAGAGUUAGAAACACCUGCUCCUAAAACUGAGGCAUGUGGAGUAUGGUAAGGUGGUCCAGCUGAAAAGCAGUUCUCAUUUGGUCUGUUGGUGUCCAAGUCAACUGUGUCCUCCUACUGAUUCAUUUGAGAAAACUUAGCUGAGAGCAGCAUCUGGGUAGGGCAUUUCUGGUUUGUUUUGUUUUUGUUCGCAGUAAGGUUGGCUGUUGUGUAAAGAUAUUCUCCAGGUCACCCAGAUGGAAAGUGUGGCUUAGCACCCUGUUCCUUCUGGCCCUCAGUAUUUGGAUUUAAGCACUAGAUAUCCAGUCUGUAGGACCCAAAGCUCAACAAUUGGGUGUCAGCCUCACCUCUUUUAGCCUGGACCUUUACCCCUAUCCCUGGUUCUGUUGAUGCAUCUGACCUCAUUCUCACAUAGAAACCAUAGCUAUUUUUAAUCCCUAGGCCUGAUUUGAAUCCAGAUGCAGUCUCCAAUUUCCCAAUAGCUGAACAGCAGUUUGUGUCGAUCACAUAUGUAGAUAUUUUGUGUCUUCCUGAUGAACGCUAACCCCUUUGCCCCUCCCCUAGCCAUUUUCCACUCCCCUUCCCCACCAGCGCUAGUCACCUGUAUCCCUGUGUCGCUUAAUGGUUACCACAGUAAUCAUUCCCACUUAUCAACCGGUGAAUGGAAAUCUGUACUACUCCACGAGGCAAGGACUGAAUUACAGAAUGAAGUUACAUGAACAAUGAUGUGAUCCACACUAAGGAAGUGAUUACCACUCCAUUCAAGUUUCUGGCUCCACUCACAUGCAUUGUGCUUUUCAUUUGAGUCAUUUGUCCAGCGCAUCGAAGGGGUCAGAUCCCACAAUGGCUCUUUAUUGGACGACAGUUCUGGGAGCAGUGCCACUCGUCUGCACAGCGCCAGGUCUUGAACCUGCUCCUUCUUCAGUGGAGGGCUGGCACACACUGACGCUUCCGUGUGGGCAAUCUGGAAACUUCAGGGCAAACAGGCCUAUCAAGGCCUGGGACUUCCCCCGCCCCACCCCCCUCCACACUUUUACCAGGAAAUAAUACUCCAGACAGGAAGUGAAAAUUAGCCAGAGUUCUAUAACCAACACAAGUAAAUGCUCUGAUCUUAGUACCCAAAAAUUUUUCCUUCAAAUCUGUGUAGCCUCUUCCUACAUUACCAUUCUGUUCCUAUGACAGGGUUGUUUUUUUUUUUUAAUAUUAUAUAUAUAUAUAUAUAUAUAUAUAUAUAAAAAAGGCAAGACUUUUGCUAUGAAAAUGUUGGAUUCGUAGACCCAGGUGUUUUAAAUCCCAGAGGAAACAACUCGUCAGCCCUCACAAGAAAGUCUUUUGUUAAAGACUGGCCCCAGAAUCUCAAAACAUAUUUCCCACCGUAAGAUUGGCCCCUCCACCUGACUCUCCUCCCACUGGGUAAACUUUCCUACUCCAUCCUGGUUCUUCUACUUAUUUCUCAGGAUCUUCUGUGAGCUUCCUUGCACUGAUGGGUUGGAACACUAUUUUGGAAACACGAAGCACUAUAUUUUGACAGGGUUUACAGCUGUCUUUCUCUUGAGACAUCGGGGCGGCAACGCGUCUUUUCUAUCGAGGACGGCACUGCUGGCUCGCGAGCAGUAACAAAACAGAAGCUGUCUCCCAACCUGUAAAAAAGGGAAACCACUCUUUUUACUCCUGAAGUGAGCUAUGUUUGGAAAAGCAGUUUCUGCUGCUGAGCACAGCUCCAAGUGUCUCAUAUUGUUCCUGAAAAACAGAAUCAAAGAGGAUACGACUUUAGCACAAUGAUAGGGUACUGGGAGAUUUUUCAGAGUGAAAAAAGCAGUCAGUCAUAUGAGGGUUACCACAGUCCUAACAAUCUUAGUCCACAUUUGGAGGUAUGGAGCUUUUGAAAAACUGAACCAAUUCAUGACUCCGAUGCAGGGCAGUUCUUCACUUGUCAUGAGAUAAAGAACAAAGUGACGUUCGUUCCAGGAACCUCUUGACAGAAGCUGGACAGGAUUCAGGAAACCUGAGUGGGAAGAUGGGAAACAAGACCUCAGUGUGUGGGGGGAACCUCAGGUUCUGUGUUGAGCCCCUGUCACCAAAGUCUGAGAGGGUGUGUUUUACAUUGGCCUUGACUUUGGGGCAGAGGCACAAGGGUAGUUGAAAAGUUGUUCCGUGGCCUGCUAGGAAUGACUUUCAGCAAGACUCAGGAGGGUCUCCCAAAUGCCAGAGUUCCCAUGGGAAGCCCCCUUCACAGCUGUUUGGGAAUGGGAGAUACUCAUCGUGAUUUAAUGGGAGAUACUCAUCACGAUUUAAGAAUAAUUUAUUACCUUGCUUACAAAAGCCUAGAAUCAUCCAUAGGACAAACACUAUCUUUCCACUCUCCACUAAAGGCCAGAGGCGUUCCUGGUUAAUCCAGAGAUGCCUUCGCAAAAUCAAUGCCAGCUUCAAGGCAUUCUGAGAACUAGCUGGAACAGAACUCAAACAAGGGAGUGGAGCAGAUGAGCUCAGGCAAAAAGGCUGAGAGGGAACAGUGGCGGGAGGCGGGGCUGGUGCUGCAGAAGGGGACCCUGGACAGGGAAGGGGUCAUCUGUGCCUGUUUCCUGUAUUCCCCCUACCUGGUGGGACUUCAGUCCUUCUUGAUAAUUCCAGUGUUUUUUAAUUCUUCCAGGCCCAGCUCAGACCUCAUCUCAUUCAGGAAAUCUUGCUACCACCCAAGUCCAUAAUGAGCUUUCCUUCACUAGACUUAGUUCAUGGAGCCAGCACCAUACAACCUAGCAGUUGGUCAAUGGUUGACUGAUUUCAUUCAUUUGUUCAAUAAUUCAGACACUUUGUGCCAAAUACACAAAAAUGAAUGUCAUAGGUUUUUGGCUUAUUUUUUUCUUUCAGUUUUUAAAUUUAACUUAGAUUGGUUCUUCAUGCAUGUGUAUCCUGAUUUCCCUAUAAACUAUUUGUACUUUUUUUACAUUCUUCACAGUCUCUAACCUGUGAACUGUUAACAGAUGUUAUACCGUCUAGUGCUUUAAUAGAUGCUUAUUGACUGGACAUGACCAGGGCGUUGUGGAAAGUUCCCAUCUGUCACAUGCUGGUUCUACUGUUAUGAAACAUAUCAUCCUUUUCAGAUCCAGAUAAUAUCAAACUAUUAAAUGGGAAAAAUAAUGUCCAUUUCCUUGGGCUACUGUGAGCUAAGAGGGAAACUAUAUAUACAAUGUCUAAUGCAGUUUUUGGAACACAGUAGACUUCCAUCAGUGACAGCUGUCAUCAUCACUUGGGAAUCUCUGGCUCAAAAGGAGCCAGCCCAUGCCUUUUUUUCAAUAUAAUAAAGUGCUUUAGUUUAAAGGUUUCUCGCUAGGCUUAAAAAGUAUGCAAGGACUCAAGGGUGAUAAUAACAAUAGAGACUGAGACUGUUCCCCUGACAGUUGGUUAAUUGUACUGUUUAAUUGUAUUGAGAGAAAUUUUAGAGCAAGAUUGAUCUCAUGGAUGAUAACUGAUUGUUAAUUGAACCUUAAUACUGGCUGACCUUAAUGAAAACUCUGCGGUGAGCCACUGACAAAUCCCAGUGAGCUCAUUCAUCUGUUCACUGUGUUUCUUCUCAUGCCCCUCCCCCCGCCACAUGUGAGUCCCACAAACUCCUCAGAGUCCACUCCCGUUUGGAUCACUACCCUUUUAGUGGGUGUUUUUCAAGACUCAGAGAAAUUCGCAAGUCAAAGCCUAAUAUGUACAAAUAUACAAUAAAUCUUUGGUUUGGCCUUCAGCAUUCAACUUAAUAAUUCUUUAUGCCCCUUUUCUGAACCUGUUACAGACCACAGUUCUUUAUAUUCCCCAGUAAUUCCAAACAGUGUCACACACCUCACGCCCUGGUCACUUUAUCCACCCAACAGACCACCAGACUCCAGCUCCCCUGUCCCCUGUGCCCCUCCUGAAAUGUCUUAUGCUACGGAAAUAUUGUAUUACUGGUUAUCGUUUUAUCACAACUGUCUUCAGACACCAUUUCCCUUUCCACUGGUGGAGUAAUAAAGAAGAGUAAAGGUAAGAACCAAAAAAACAGAAAAGCAAACAGCAAUGCAGGGUGAAAAGGAAAACAAAAUACCAGAAAGAAUUAUGGCCACGUUUCUAAAGUGUGUACCCUGGUGUUCAUUUAGAGAAAAAAGGGAUAUGGAGUAUUGAAUUGGCAUGGAUACUUUAAGCAUAAACAUAAAAACGAUGCGCUCUCUUGUCUGUCAUCUAAUUCUGCUUUGUUAAUAUAGCGAGUGUUGUCAUCUUGGUGCCUCGAUGGAACCUCCAGUACUGAAGCUAUGGCAUCCAUUUGCUCCAUAUGUGUUCACCAGAGGCCACGCUCUGGGCAGACAAGCAUUUACUUCAUGAUCAAUUAUAACCAGCUCUCAUCACAAAGAAUAUUUGCUCUGUCUAGAGCUGAAUUCUUUGCACUGUUAAUUAUUAAACAAUUAUUUAGAGCAGUUAUAUUUUUAAGUGGGAAAUAAGACAAUGACUCAGAGUCCCUAUAUUUAGAGGAAAGAACAUUUUAAAAACAUAUUGGCUAUAAACAAUGAGGAUCAUUAAUUCUCAGUUGAAGGUUUCUGACAGGCACAGGCCUUUGAGAUUGUGAAUGGACACAUUGUCAGCUAUGCUAUGCUGCUGUUGUCACAGUGGAGAAGAUUUAAUUAUAUUAUCUCUUGAGUUCUUUGUAAUGCCAAGCUUCUUCUACGGGGAGCCUUCCUAUUGCUAUGAUUUUGAGAUAAAUGCCACUUCAUAAUUAAGUGGCUCAUCAACUCCUUCUCCCUGGCUGACUAGAUUCUAUAGGCAGUCUACUCAACUCUUAGAGUCUUUCCCUGCUACUAACUUCUGGUGCGGCUUCAAACAAGACUUGUGUCUCCACUGAUUUCCUUGGUGUGACGUGGACUUUGUCAUUAGAGAGGCCUGGCAUUCUAGACAAGCAACUCUGUCACUUAGGGGAUAAAGGAUGCCCUUUGAUAAGCUGCUUCUCUAUGAGAGGAAUCUCUGUGUUCUUCUUAGCAGAUAGAUAGCACAUAAAUUCCUGGCUGGAAAUUCUGAGGUGGGAUUUCACCCCUGCCAUUUGGGGUUAAAAAAUUGUGUUCUCAUGACCAAAAUAUCCUUCUUGUGAAUGGACAACCUUAGAUCCCAGACCAGGUGGAUUGGGUCCUGUAUCAUGUUACAGACACCUCUCAGAGCUUCUGUGGAACUGAGGAAGCCAGCCGACUUCUUGUAGCCUGGGAAAGACUUGGUUGGGGGAGUCCCAAUAUGCCUUUAUGGGAUGAGUCAAAAUGCAGCAGCUGUUGGGAGACUGGAAAUCCUUGCAGUGUUCCAAUACGAGGAACAGUUUUACAUUAUAUUCAGAACCUCGGGGAGGGACAGCUGCUUAUCAUUUUAUGCUCACAAGAGCCCCAACAAAGGGGGAAGCCAUCUUCUGGGUCCCUGAUUCAACCACCCGUUGGACCCACCUACUCCAGGGUCCAGAAAUCAGUAUUCUUAAGGCUGACCCACUUAAAAGGAAAAAAAUGCCACAGACUCCCCUAAUACUGAUGCAAAAUGUUCUUGUUCUUUGUAUUAUAAUGCUGCUGAAAUAUGAAUAAUCAUAUUUAUUAUUUAAAUGGACAACCAAGUAUAAACUUCUUUUAUAGCUCUCAUAUAAGUACAAAACCAAAAUAAACUCACAAAUGAAAUACAAACUAAAAGACAAAGCGAUGAUAAUGUUUUUUGCAGCAAUUGAAUUGCUGUUUAUAACAUGCUUGGGGUAGACCUCUGGUCUGCUGGUCUACCACUCUUGUGAUGACUGCAUUCCCCCACCUCUUUCCUGUGUUCAGAAUGAUCACAAAACCUCUGCUUGUGUGCAGCAUGCUGUGACAUCAUCUGGCUUUGGCAGAACAUGUUGGUUAUGUAUUUUGUUUGCUUCCAUUCUGUAUUUUAUUUAUCUGAGAUACUUAAAAUAUAACUGUUGGAUUUGAGGCAAGUGUACUGAUGGAAAAUGUGUUACUCAGGAAACAAAAAUUAUAUGGAUUAUCUAGUUUGGUGAGUGUCAGUGCUUCACCCAUUUCAAUCAUCUGGGGGUCUUUUUAGAAAGUCUCUGUGUUACAACCAGGGAUUCUGAUGUAAUUGAUUCAAAUAUAAUUCAGGUUCAUGAGUAUUAGUACUGUGUAAAGCUCCCCACCAAGACUUCAGCCUCAUCAGGUUUGAGAACCAUUGAUGUAAGUGAUUCAGAACAUUCUGAUAUUAAUGUCUUAAUGGUAUUUCUUAGAGAUGAUUACAAUGAAAGCACAAAAUCCUAAAAUUAUAAGACAAUUUAAAGACCUUGAAGAAUAAAUUUUUAAUUCUCAGGAAUAUGUGAAACGUCGUUUGAAAACUACUGGUAUAGAUGAUGAUAUUUCACCUACAUUAGAAGAGUCCUCUAGUGUAUCAUGAAACUAACCAUUCUGCAGAGUGAGGAGGCAGCCGCUCGUGCUCAGAACUGUACAUAAAAGUGAGUCAGAGCUGGGGCCACAGAUAAUAGACUCAUUAUUUCAACAUCAUGACAUAAGGGCUGUGAUGUAGAUAAGCAUGUGACAGGAGGAUCCCUGCAUGGGAACUGAUAGGUCAGCUAAAUCUUGAGGAGGAGCAGGACUUAGCUGGAGUCAGAAGCAAGACAAGGGGCAAUGGCCUCACCAUUCAUCUGGCAGUGAGGAUCUCAUCAAGUCACUGGACUUCUCGUCGUUUGUUUCCUCAACCAGUAAAAAGAAAAAAUAAACAGUUCUUCCAAACUUAUGUGUUUGUUAUGACAGAGCAAGGUAGCUUAAAAAUAUAAACAUCAUAUCAUCAUUACUAGUAUAGUCUUUUUUUUUUUUCCAAAGGGAAACUAUUAGGCAAUCAAAUAUCCUACCAAGAUUUUGGUGUCAAGAUCUCCCUGUUCUAAUCAAAGGACUAGAAGUACACUCAGGGCCUAUAUUUGGAAGGGCCUUAGGUGCCCUCCUUUCACCUUCAUGCCCGGCCUCUAGUUUAAAAGUGUUUUGACACUUGAACUGAAGAAAACCAUGAGAAAAAUGACAAUAAAAUCCCACUAAUAUCUCGAGCUCACAAGUAAAAUAAAAUAUUGUUUUUAAUGGGUUUAUCUUUCCCCACAAGGUGCUCAUUGAAUAAGUAAAAGCCAUGAUAGAAUGUGUAUGCUCCUGAAACAUUUCAAUGGAAUGUCGAACUGUCCUGUAAAGUUUUAGUCUAAACCAAACAUCCCUGCACUUGGUUGGAAGACCCACUUCUGGUCUAGCCUUCCACUCGUGGCCUUGUGGCUCCAUACUCCUUCUCUGUUGGUGAAAGAAAGAUGGGGAAACAGACUUCCUGCUGCAAGUUUCUGUCUUCCCAUCCCCCUUCCCAUGGGGCCCCUGAGCACAGCAUUCCUUUAGCUUCCUCCAGCACUUUCCCCGAGAGGGCAUGUGGCUACUUCUGUAUGUUGAGGUAGAUUCAGACCACCUCAGGCCUAUUUUCUCUGAGUUUUUACUUUACAUCUACUUUUUGGGUUUGAGUUUUCUUCUGGCAUAUAAGAAAGACAUCAGUACCCCCAUGGGACCAAAUGAUACCCAUGGCUGUUAUAAGCUAUUAUUUGUUAGCUAAACUACCAUUUACUGAGUAUUCACUACUUUCCAGGCAUGUGCUAAGUGCUGGAAAUACACAGUUGCCUUUAGUUGCCUUAUCUGUAGUAGUUUUUACCCUGUGGUUUCCAUGAAGUGAGGCACGUGGACUGCUCCCUGGCACCUAAGGACUGUUCCGUCAAGGUGACUCAGUGGUCAUACCAAUAAUGAUAGUAAUAGCAGUGAUUACUAAGGCAGUUCCUACCUCAAAGUCCUCAUGGUCUAAAGACAGAGACAGAUAUAAAAAGAGAAUUUAUAUUUCAAAAAAUAAAGUUGUGAUUAUAAAACUUUAUGUUCAGUUGAGGUCAUUUAAGAAUACCAAAUACGUUACUAAGGAAAUCAACAACAACCCAAAGCCAACCAACCAUCCGGACAUUGCGAUGUACCUCAUUGCAAUAUAGUGGAAAGGGUAAGAGCAGGAGACUCUGGUUCCAUGUUCAGAUCCCCUUUCUGAUACGUCCUAGUUGUACGACUAUGGACAGGUGCUGCUUACACCCUUUGUGCUUCUGUUUCCUGGCCCAUGAAAUGGAGAUCAUAAUAGCACCUACCUGCUAAUACGAGUUAGCUCCUAAAACAAUGCCACUUAGACCGACACUCCAUUUGUGUGAGGUAGUAUUUUCUUUUCUUGACAUACUGUGAAUAUAACCAUAUUUGUAUUUACGCAUUUUAAUUAGUAUUAUACUCAUGUACUUUCUUUAAAAAUAAGAUUUUAAAUGGCUGCGUAAUCAUGCAUGAGGAUAUAACAUCAUUAAUUCCACAACCUGAUGCUGUUAAACAUUUAAGUGCUUUCUCUUUUUUGGUGUUAUAAAUUAUGCUUGCUUUGCAUUCUUUCAUUACAUCUUUUGCCUACAUUUGCUUAUGGUUCUGGAUAUUUGUAGAAGUAGAGUCGCUCGUAAAAGGCCAUAAAAAUUCUUACGGCUCUUGAUACAUGUUACCUACUGUUCCAGAAGGCUUUAUCAAAUUACACUUUUACAUGAAUGUAACCUUAUCAUGCAACGUGAGAGAUAGAGGUGAGUGCAGACCGCUGGCCAGUUGGAGAGAGCAGAUAUCUUCCUCCCGCCCAGCUUCUGCCCUCUUUUGUGAAAGACCCAUAGUCAGCAAUUUCUACGUAGGUCAUAUUAUAAGCAUCAUGUUAUGAACCUCCCAAGUUCACUCCUUAUGAAGCAAAUUAUCACGUAGAGAAUUUUGUUUAUUUUGUUGUCUUUAUAGAUGCCUGUUGUGUUAAGUUUCAGGUUUGUGACUUAUACAGACAUUGUGCUGGGGAACUACUCUUCUUCCAAACUGUCAGGGUGCACAAAGAGCUGGCAUUUUUGGUCUCACCUUCUGCCCUUGGUCCCUUCCACUGAUUUUUUUAAAAGUGGUAUUUAUAAAAAGAAAGACACCAGAUUGAAUGGCUGGAAGUGUCCUUCCCUUCAAAACUCAUCUAGGGAAAGAAACCUGGUGCCUCCAGUGGUUUCGUUUGCUCUGGAUUCUGGGCCUUUGUGAGAUUGGCAUACCUUUCCUAGCCCAUAAUGAGUUUAGAAGAGGCAGCUUACCAUGUGAACCCACUACGGCUCCAGACAGGCUAUUCAUUGGCUGCUGGUUCAAGAGUGCCCUGUCCAAUGCUGUUGAUGCCCCAAGGAUGCCCCAAGUACAGGCUAGUUUCCAGAUUCUCACAACUGGAAGCAGACAGAUGCUGGGAAACCUGGUCCAGCUCAGAACAAUAGUCAACCCUGAGGAUGGCUACGCAUGUGUGUCAGGAAGGGACUGGCAGGAGCAGUUUCUUUACUCUUUCAAAUUGGCAUCAACAGCAAUGAUGAAUUAACCCCGGAAUGGACAAUUCAUUUUCAUCUUGACAGGUGAAGCAUCUGCUCUUUUCCUUAGUAUAGCAAACGUUACUCUUUGAGCGAGGUAACAUAACCUUUACAUUCAGUGAAAGCCAACACUCAGGACCUUCUAGCAAAACCUUAAUGCUGCGCUUUCUUUGCAUUCCAACUUACAAGUUCUCUGGGGACAAAAAGCUAAUCCUCGAAGCUGAUCUUUUUUGCACUUCGACAUGUAGUUCGGGUUAUUGAUGAUAUGUCAGAAGCAUUUCCCACUAGGAAAAUUAUUCUCAGGGGGCACCUGGGUGGUUCAGUCAGUUAAGUGUC